CACACAACAAACACAUGCAAACUAUACAACUAGAAGUCAAAGCAUGCAGAUACAACUGAAAAAUAAGAAUAAUCAAACAAUGUGGUGUCUCACGGUUACAUCUACAUAUGAGUGUCAAAAACAACAGGCUCCUUUAAAAAAGGCCGUUUUUCACUACUAGUAGAGGGCACUACUACUAGUACACGCGUGUAUAUAGAUUGUAUUACGAAUACAGUUUUCUUUUACCCUCCUUUUAAGAUUGAAUGGAAAGAAUACGCUACACAUGGAAAACCUAUUUCUCAUCAUACCCCCAUAAAGCGCCCCAGUGGUAUCGUCCACUCCCCGGAAACGCCGGCGACCGAAAAAAACCCGGUGUCGCCCAGGCAAGUGGAACACAUUUGUCAGCCAAAGUGUAACCAGGAGGAACUGUGACGUCUCUGUCAGCAGUACAGCAUCAGUAACGCUGGACAAGCUUAAUAUCUUUGAGUUGAAUGGACAAGGCAGCCAGAAGUACACAGCCCAGCUAGUGAAACCCACUAAAGGUUCAGUGAUGCCUGUGGUGAAGAAGAAAAGGAAGCUCCCUGAUGCAGAUGAUAAUGAGCGCAAGUGUAAAAUCACAAGUUUCACCCGACCUCAGAUGCGAGGUGCGAGGCCCGUCAGCGCUGAGAAGCUCUUCUCCAACAAGAAGUGCCUGGCGUGGUUCCAGGCGUACGCCGGCCCCGACAAGGUGGUCGGCCCGGACGCCAUGGAGAAGUUCUGUGAGGACAUCGGUGUGGAACCGGAGAAUAUUAUCAUGUUGGUGCUCGCCUGGCAUCUAGAAGCAGCGAGCAUGGGGUUCUUCACAAAAGAGGAGUGGCUCAGGGGAAUGACGUUAUUACAGUGUGACAGCACGGAGAGGUUACAGAGCAAACUGGAUUACUUGCGUGGUGAGCUCAACGACUCGGUAGUCUUCAAAAACGUCUACAGAUAUGCCUUCGAUUUCGCCAGAGAUAAGGACCAGAGGAGUUUGGACAUGGACACGGCUAAGUCCAUGCUGGCCUUGCUGCUGGAGAGAACCUGGCCACUCUUCCCCGUCUUCCACCAGUUCCUGGAGCAGUCCAAGUACAAAGGGAUGAACAAGGACCAGUGGUAUAACGUUCUGGAGUUCAGCAGGACCAUCAACACAGACCUCAGUAACUAUGAUGAAGACGGAGCUUGGCCAGUGCUGCUAGACGAGUUUGUGGAAUGGCAGAAAGCUUGGUCGGCAUUGUAGCAGAUGAAGUCACAACACCAAAAAAAAAGAACGAGGGAGAAAAAAAACCCAACCACAGAACGCUGCAGGAGCCUCUGUAUUCAGGAGGAGGGGCGGGGGGGGCAACAGAUCACACUUUGACAGACUUCAACAAUCUCACACACAAAUAUGGACUAGUGAAUCAUCCCCAUUCAUGUGGGAACAGGCCUUUCUCUCUUGGAGUUCACUUUUAUAGUGUUAAUUUGGAGGAAAGAAAACAUUCUUAAGAUAAGAAGACAAACACAAAGAAUGGACCGAGAGAAGAGUUGUGGAAUUUACGUUUUCUUAACUAUUUUUUCCAUUUUGUGUCUUGUUUAUAGAUGUUUUCACAGUAAUAAAAAGGAAAUAGAAGUAUUAUGAA